UGCAUUCUGAUCCAAACGUUUAAAGGAAUCGGAUUUUAUGAAAAUCCAACAUGGCACUGCAUGCAUGGGGACGUCUCUUGUCAGCUGCAAAAAGAAUCUGCCACCAAGCUGUAUAUGCAGAAUCUCAUAUCUCUGCGCUGCGGACAACUAGCUACACAUGUUACCAGCCAAUCAUCUUGCGGAAGUAUUGUGAUUCUGUUGAUGGGUCUGAGACAGCACCAGAGUCAAAUGCUGAGGAGUUGGGGGUGACACAGAAGGUAGCAGAUGAGCGAGGACAGGGCCCAGUCCUCCCUUACAACCUCUCCAAUCGACGCUUUAAUCGUCGCAAAGCAAUAUUUUCUUCCAAUAAUGUUGAGAAAUUACUUAAACAAAUGGAAGAACAACAAUCCUUUGAAUACAAUAGUCCUGUGAAGAUAAAAGCUGACCCCUAUAAACCAGAAAAUCGAAAGUGUUUACUUUGUAAAACGAGCGUCCCAGUUGACUACAAGAAUGUUCGCCUGUUGAGUCAGUUUGUGUCGCCCUACACUGGACGUAUCUUCGGGAGGCACCAGACAGGCUUGUGUGUUUACAUGCAAGGCAAAGUAUCUACUGCCGUCAUCCGAGCACAACAUGCUGGUUUCAUGCCAAGACUGCACAAGGACAGAGCGUUCACGCACGACCCCCAGCUCUACGAUAUUUUUGCCAAACAGAGAAAACAGGAUUUGAAAAAGUGAUUUCAGUUUCCAGAUAACUAUACACGUGACAUUACCUUAGAAUGAAACUAACAUUGUGGUGUUUCUUUAUCAAUAGGAUUUGAAACACGGUAAAUACAGCAUGGGACAAUGGUCCCGAGGUUUCUGAGAAUGUAUCAGAAUUUGAUUGUCAAGUGCACACUGCCAGAAAAGACGAAUGUAAUAAAACAUGCAUUAUAUACAUCA